ACUGUUUCCCCCUCCAUGCAGUAGCCCUCCAUAGACGACAGAUGAACAGAAGGUGGCGGCAUUUUCUUACGCGGGUGUUUUUUUUUUACCUAUUUCCGUUUCCGGUCAGAUACAGGGACCUGCGUCCGCAGUACGAUACAAUCUGAAAGAUGGCUGGGCGACGUGCUGCUUUGAAGGCCAUUGACUGGGUGGCCUUUGCGGAGAGGGUGUCCCCCAAUCAGAGGACCAUGUUCAACAACUUCAAGACACGCAGUGAUGCUGUCGCUGCCAAGUUGGCCUCCCUCCCAGCAAAGCCUGUCACCAUCGACUGGAACUUCUACAGGUCAGCCAUUGCUAAAGCGGGCAUGGUUGACGACUUUGAAAAGAAGUUCAGUGCCCUGACGAUUCCUGAGCCUGUGGACACUCAGACAGCCCAUAUAAAUACCCAGGAGACGGAGGCGAACACAGCAGCAGCAGCGUACAUCGAGGAGUCCAAAGCCCGCGUCAUGCAGUAUGAGAAAGAGCUGGACAAGUUCAACAGCAUGAUUCCUUUCGAUCAAAUGACCAUCGAAGACCUCAACGCCGCUUUCCCAGCAACGAAGCUGGAUAAGGAGAAAUAUCCGUACUGGCCACACAAGGCUAUUGCUGACUUGUAAAUGCACUGCAGCUGUUCCAACCUGAAGCUUCAUAAACAAUAUAAUUUUCUGAUGGAGAGAAAAAAGCUGUAUAGUAUAUGUAUGUCUCGUUUCAUCUGCUCAGUUUGCGAAAAAAAAAAAAAACUUGAAAUGUUGAUUCAGCGACUGUAAGGCCUGUGAAUUGAGAUACUAAACAUGUAAAUGAA